CUCGGGGCGGCGCAGCACCGAGAGGGCCGCACGGGAUCCAGGGCGGGGGUCGGCGGCCCCGCCAGCCCGGCCCGGCCCGGGGCCGCCUCCCGAGAGUCCGCCCUCGCCGCUGCAGCCUCGGCGGCCGGCCGGCCAUGGAAGCCGAGCUCUCCCCAGGUCCGGGUCCGGGCUGUGAGCGCCCCCAGCUCCGCGCCGGCGGUCGGGACCCCAGUGCGCUACGGGCCGAGGCGCCGUGGCUGAGCGCGCAGGGGUCGGGCCCGCGCGCCGCGCCCGUGACGGUGCCGGCGCCGCCACAGGGCCCUUCUAUGGGCGGAGGUUUUGCGGGCUUGGAGUUCGCGCUGCCGCAAGAGCCGCAGGCUGCAGACCUAGGGACCCCGGGGACGUGGGCAGGGGCGGCUGGGCUCCCGACACCGUCGGUGCACAUCCCGGUGCCAGGGCAGAGAUCCCCCCCAGGAAAAGCUCGGCUAGAUGAGGUCCUGGCCGCGGCAGCCCUUACAAGCCUGUCUACUAGCCCCCUCUAUCUGGGGACCUCUGCUGUAUCCUUCAGUCCAGAGCCUGACUUGGAACCCUGGAGGGAGGCCCUGGCGCAGCCCACUGACAGCUACAGCAGCAGCAGUGGAGACUGGGUCUGGGACCAGGCCAGCGACCAGUCCUCCCCGUCCACACCAUCGCCCCCACUGCCCCCUGAGGCAGCCCACUUUCUGUUUGGGGAGCCCACUCAGAGGAAACGGAAGAGCGCGGUCCAGGUGGUGUUCCAGUGCCUGUGGAAGAGCUGCGGGAAGGUGCUGCGCACAGCCUCCGCCAUUCAGAGACACAUCCGCCUGGUGCACCUGGGCAGGAGACGGGCAGAGCCUGAGCACAGUGAUGGUGAGGAGGACUUCUACUACACUGAGCUGGACAUUGGUGUGGACAUGCUGACCAAUGGGCUGUCCAGCCUGGCCCCAACGUCCCCUGAGGCCCCUGUGCCACCUGCCUUCCCCCAUCUGGACCUGCCCAGCCUGCUGCGGCCCCUGGCCCUGCCCCUGCCCCCUUUGCUUAGCUCUGCAGUUCCUCCCAAGACAUGCCACGGUGACCAUGCCCACCAUGCUGGGGAGGCAACAGGUGGCAGCUGGGAGCAAGUCUCAGGGCACUCUGGAGAGGAGCGAAGUCCAAGUUGCAGCUCCCCCCAGGGCUGCCUGGCACCCGUCCAUGUGGACCCGCAGCCCACUGAGGGCCAGGCCACUGCACCAGCCCUGCCCUCCAAGCUUGGUGCCAGCUUGAGGAAGCCCCGCGGUGAUGCCAAGAAGUGCCGGAAGGUGUACGGCACGGAUCACCGGGACCUGUGGUGCACAGCCUGCCGCUGGAAGAAGGCUUGUCAGCGGUUCCUGGACUGAGCCCACUGGCCCUGCUGUCCCACCUCCUGUCCUGGGCAAUCACCAGGCCUUGCCUCUUGUAGCUGUGGGGCUACUUCCUAAGGCAGGAGACAGUAGGGGAGAUGGUGACCCUGGACCCCAGCAGUGGGGAAAGGGGUCCUGCUAUUCAAAGUGCCUCUGAAGAAGCCAGCGUUUUUGCACUAAAGCCAAAUAACAUCACUGUCCUCUUGGCCCCAGGAUUGUUGCCCCGCUGCCUGUUGGCCCAGGACUGGCCAAGGAUGUUGGCAGGCCAGCUGUAGGGUUCGGUCCAAGAGGCACUUUGAGGGGUGUUGAGAAGGGGACUCCCAUACUCACACCUAAUGCAAUGGUUUAGGGGCCAGGGCUGACUUUUUCCAUGUUUCUGAAGCUCAGGUGUCUCACGUCUGGGCCACCAGGCGAGGAGAAAAAUUAAAAAUUGGGUUUUUUUUCCAGAA